AUGAGCGACCGCGGGGACGAGGAAGAUCGCCGCCUCCUGGAUGAGGCGCUGGCGGCUGAUCCCCCAUCUUACGAGUACGACGCUGGAGCCAAGAGCCGAUCUGGCCGAUCCGCAUGGACCUGGCUGGGGCUCGUCUUGGUCACGGUGCUCUUGGCCAUGCCGCUGCUGGCGUACGUGCGGCGUGGUGGUGAGGCGUCGCCGGCGUCCGGCCCGGAUGGGCAGCAGCUCGCGAUUGUGCUGCACCCCGAGGAGCAUGUGUGGCGAGGGGCAAAGACGCUGCAUUUUCACUGGAAUGUGACUCUGGGAACCACGUCGCCGGACGGCGUGGAGAAGCAGGUGUAUCUUGUCAAUGGCGAAUUUCCGGGCCCGACAAUCGAAGCCCGCUCUGGGGACGGCAUCAUUGUCCACGUGCACAAUGGCCUGGCGGACGAGGGCCUGGCGAUACACUGGCACGGCCUGCGGAUGAAGGGCUUCAAUGCCAUGGAUGGCGCCGUCGGCUUCACGCAGUGCCCCAUUGCGGCGGGCCGCGACUUUGAGUACAACUUCAAGAUUGGCGACGACGAGCACGGCACCUUUUGGUGGCAUAGCCACGCUGAAGUCCAGAGGGGCGACGGGCUGUACGGCGGGUUCGUCGUGCACCGGCCUGGCGUUGGGCCAAAGCACCCGGAGGCUCUUGUCCUCGUCGGUGACUGGUUUCACCGCAGGCAGACGGACGUGUUCGACUGGUUCUUUAACUGGGCGAGCGUGGGAAACGAGCCCGUCCCGGAUUCCUUGCUUGUCAACGGCCGCGGGCGGUACAAUUGCUCCAUGGCGGUGCCCGCUCGCCCGGUCGUCUGCACGCAGCGGUCUAGAGAGGAUUUACCGCCAUUGCUGUACCGAAGGCCCAAGGACGCACCGGUGAAGCUGAGGGUGGUGAAUGUCGGGACCGUGGCGGGCGUGACUCUCCGCGCGGAUGGGGCGACGAUGCAGCCCGCGGCCGUGGAUGCCGGUUGCGCCGUCGACGACCGGCCCGGCCGCUCCGUGGGUGUUUUGUAUCCCGGCGAAAGGGUAGAUUUGCUGGUGAACGGGGACGGCGUGGGCGAGCAAAAUUACCAGCUGCACGUUGAGCUGGACGACGAGCACUUUGGCGGGUUUCCCAACCCGGCCCUGGACCCAAUUCACAGCUUCGACUUCUUUCCCUCCCGUCUCCGGAGCAGGCAGGAAGAUGGCCCGCCUAUUCUCCCGCCGGACGACGGGCAACACCGUGAUCUCGCGACUCUCACGGCCGCCACGCCCACGGGCGCACUCGCCCCCAAGGCCCAGGAGACAAUGGUGCUGUACUUUAAAAUGCAGAUGCUCUCCCGCCUGCAGAACAGGCCCAUGGGCUUCGUCAACAACACCUCGUGGAAGCCGCAGGAUCCGCCGCUCCUAGCUACAGACCGCAGCCUCUGGGACGCGGACCAGUUCAUCCCGUUUAUCAAUUCUUCAAAGACGAGGGACGUCGACAUUGUCAUUAAUAAUCUGGACGAUGGGACGCACCCGAUCCAUCUGCACGGGUACUCGUUCCACGUCCUGUCGUCGUUUAGAGCCGAAGGCCGCAGCGGAUGGGGCAGUUACAACCCCUUCGAGUCGGGGCCCCCCGUGCCGCCGAACCUCGUCGACCCCGUGCGCAAGGAUACGGUCGGCGUGCCGAGGAGGGGCCACGUGGUGAUUCGGGUGAGGGCGGAUAAUCCGGGGGUGUGGAUGAUGCAUUGCCACAUGCUGGUGCAUAUGGGGACGGGGAUGGUGACGGGGCUGCAUGUCGAGGGCGACGAGAAGAUUGUUGGUGUGGAGAGGGCGGGCAGAUUGUGUGCGUAG